AGGAGUAAUGUGAUUUAAAAUUAUAAUUUACUUAUUAUAUAGUUAGGUAUUACAAAUAACAAAAUAUUUCAAUAGGACUUAAGAGUUAAGAUCAAGGUUCAUAAAUCUUCUAAAUCACAAACGGCUUACGGACAAUUGUUAAAAUGAAUCCAUUAACAAAUAUGAGAAAUGUGAAAAAACUCAGUGAACAAGAAUUGCAACGACUACCUAAAAGUUCAUGGCAUGAUGAAUAUAAAUCAAGUGCAUGGAUAUUUGUUGGUGGAUUACCUUAUGACCUUUCUGAAGGCGAUAUUAUGUCUAUAUUUUCCCAAUAUGGAGAAAUUACUAAUCUAAAUUUGGUACGGGAUAAAGACACUGGUAAACAGAAAGGAUUUUGUUUUGUAUGCUAUGAAGACCAAAGAAGUACAAUAUUAGCAGUAGAUAACUUCAAUGGUACACGUGUACUAGGUCGAAUAUUACGUGUUGAUCAUGUUAAAGAUUACAAACCACCGAAAAACUCAGAACCUACUAACAAAAUUAAGACUGAAAAGUUUGAUGAUGAUUUCCAGGUUAAAACUGAAAUCAAAGAGGAAAUUUUAUCACCACAGGUUCGAAGAACAAUUGAAACUCCAGAAAUCAAACAAGAAGUUUACACUCCAGAAAUAAAACGAGAAGUUUGUACUCCAGAAAUAAUUAAAAGUCCUGUUUAUAAAAGUAAUAAAUCACCUAAAAAAUCUAAAGAUAAGAAACGGUACCACAGUGAUAAAUCUAAAGAAAAAGAUGAUAUACAUUAUAAAUAUCAAAGAGAAGACUUAAAAGAAAAACAUAGAAAAAAACAUAGUAAAAGUGAACAAGAUAUAUUUUAUAAGAAAGAUAAAAGUCAUAAACGAUCUAGACACAGUCAAAGUCAAGAGAAGGAUAUUAGUAAAAAUUCUAAAGGUAUAUCAUCUAAAGAUUAUAAUAGUAGAGAUAAAUCAAGAGAAAGAGAUAGAAAGAAGAUAAAAGACGAUAGAAGAGAAUAUGAUAACAAGGAUUAUGACGACAAGAAUAAAAGAAAAAGUUAUCAAAAAGAUGACAGGAAUUAUAAAAAACAAAAAAAAUAUUAAAAGUCUAUGUAAAUAUAAUUUUUAAUAAUAACCGUGACAAAUAAAAUAUUAUUUACCAAGACUGAAGUGGGACAUUCCAAUGACACCAAUCAGUGUUGCUAGAAGAUUU